GGCUCAGCUUCGACCGACGACCACGACCUCUGUAACAUCCGCCACCAUAUCAUUCAUCACCUUUUCAAGUGCUCCUGCUUGCGUCCCACCACAACAAGACUGGGAUACAAUGGCAGGAGGUAGCAAAGAAGCGACUACGUCGGCCGUCGCCGCUCAGGCCCAGCAAGAGGCCGUUUCGGAAGGCAUCGAGACAUUCGAGUUGCCACGAAGUAUAAUAACUAAGCUGGCGCGUUCAGCGAUGUCCGAAAACACCAAAAUGUCCAAAGACGUCGUGCUGUCCUUCCAAAAGGCUUCCACCGUGUUCAUCAACUACUUGGCUGCAACGGCUCACGAGGUCGCAGCCUCUAAACAGCACAAAAGUAUAUCCGCAACAGACGUUCUGAAGGCACUUGAGCUGGUCGAGAUGGGUGACAUGGUGCACAAACUCCAACAGGAACUCCAAGUGUACCGCGAGGUACAGAAGACGGACAAGGGUCGUAAAAGUACGGGUGGCGCGAAGGGCAAGGGUCGCGAGUCGCAGGGCGAGCCACAUUCCGUCUCCGCCGCGUCAGCGGCGAAAGCGAAACAGAAUGCGAAGGAGAAGGGCCCGACGAUCACGAUCAGCCGUACGCAGACGAAGCCGUCACGGCGGGACACCGAACCAGAAGAGCCUGAAGAAGGUGCCAAUGGAGAUGUGGAUGGGGAUGAAGACGAGGAGAUGGCGGAUGAGGAAGAGGUAGAGGAAGAAGAUGACAUGGAAGACGAGGAGGUGGGUGACGAGGAGCCUGAAGACUCCAUGGCUGUCGACGAUAAAGAGGCUCAAGGAGACGGAGGAGGUCUAAGCGACGGAUAUGAUGAGGAGGAGUAAGAGCUGGGUUACACAUUGCGCGUUUUGUGUAUUAGAUUAUGCCUCUGAAUCUUGGGAUGCGUUCAUCCCUCGACAGUAUGGUCAUGCUUCACUCCGUUUGUUCCAAGGAUACGCCUACUGACGAAGUCCGUGUACCUCCUAUGUCUCAGCACCUGACACGACAGAGUCAACCUGGCAAUGGACAUGACUCGAACA